CCCGCCCAUCGUGUCUACCCUUCGUCUUACCCAGCUGCCUCCCGAGGACCUGCAGCCACACAGGAGUGUCGGCGCCCCUGCUCUCCUCAGGUGCAUAGAAGAGGCAGCGAGAUCCUUGACACACAGCAGACAGCACUGACAGGGCUUUGUUGAGGAACAAACAAAUUGCCACGGCAUCACAGCAGCUUUCAAGCUUUCAAGCCAGGGUGCUGCGAAGUGAACUCACCUUAAUACGUCCCAAGGACUGUCGCCAUGGCGAGCCGGGGCCUCACCGCCGGCCUCCUUGUGUUCCUCGGGGUCUUAGCGCUGGCCCAUGCGUCCGCCUUCCUCUCGGGUCAGCGCCUGAAGCCUCGUUUCCAGCGGGACCGCCGCAACAUUCGGCCCAACAUCAUCCUCAUCCUCACCGAUGAUCAGGACAUCGAGCUGGGCUCCAUGCAGGCGAUGAAUAAGACGCGGCGCAUCAUGGAGCAGGGUGGCACACACUUCUCCAACGCGUUCGUCACCACGCCCAUGUGCUGCCCGUCGCGCUCCUCCAUGCUGACGGGGAAGUACGCGCACAACCACAACACCUACACCAACAACGAGAACUGCUCCUCGCCCUCCUGGCAGGCCCAGCACGAGCCGCGCACGUUUGGGGUCUAUCUCAACAACACGGGCUACAGGACAGCGUUCUUUGGGAAGUACCUAAAUGAGUACAAUGGUACGUACGUGCCCCCGGGCUGGAGAGAGUGGGUGGCCAUGGUCAAGAACUCCCGCUUCUACAACUACACUAUCUGCCGCAACGGAGUACGAGAGAAACACGGCUGCGAGUAUCCCAAGGACUACCUGACAGACCUGAUCACUAAUGACAGCAUUAACUACUUCCGGGCGUCCAAGAGGGUGUACCCCCACCGACCCAUCCUCAUGGUCCUGAGUCACGCUGCCCCCCACGGGCCGGAGGAUGCAGCGCCGCAGUACACCACCGCAUUCCCCAACGCCUCGCAGCACAUCACCCCCAGCUAUAACUACGCACCCAACCCAGAUAAGCACUGGAUCAUGCGCUACACAGGGUCCAUGAAGCCCAUCCACAUGGAGUUCACCAACAUGCUGCAGAGGAAGAGGCUGCAGACACUGCUCUCCGUCGACGACAGCGUGGAGAAGGUGUAUAAUAUGCUGGUGGAGACUGGAGAGCUGGAGAACACCUACAUCAUAUACACUGCUGACCACGGCUACCAUAUCGGCCAGUUUGGACUGGUCAAGGGCAAGUCCAUGCCCUACGAGUUUGACAUACGAGUGCCCUUCUACAUACGAGGCCCUAACGUGGAGGCAGGAACUAUCAACCCCCACAUGGUGCUGAACAUCGACCUGGCGCCCACCAUCUUGGACAUCGCUGGACUGGACAUUCCGCCCGACAUGGACGGCAAGUCCAUCCUAAAACUGCUGGACACUGACCGGCAAGCUAACAGGUUCCAGUUCAACAAGAAGGGCAAAGUGUGGAGAGACUCCUUCCUGGUGGAGCGUGGGAAGUUGCUGCACAAGCUGAAUGAGGGGAAAGAUGUGGCUCAGGAAGAGAACUUCCUGCCCAAGUACCAGCGGGUGAAGGACCUGUGCCAGCGAGCAGAGUACCAGACGCCCUGUGAGCAGAUUGGACAGAAGUGGCAGUGUGUAGAGGAUGCCACUGGUAAGCUGCGGCUGUAUAAGUGUAAGGGGAUGACCAGCUCGUCCCCCCUGCGUAAGAACCAGAACCAGAACCAGAGUCCGUCCAGCCUGAAGGCCCAGCUGUUCCAGCGUAGCAGUAGCCACCACCACCACCAUCACCACCAUCAGCCAGCAGCAGCAGCAGCAGCAGCAGCAGCAUCGCUCUCACCCGAUGGCUGCAACUGCAGACUGCCCCUCUACAGAGUUAACCCCUUCAAGAAGAGCAAGAUGCUGUCCAGAAAGAAGUUGAAGGCCCUUAAGAGCUACUCCCGCAACCGUUUCACCCGUGACAUUUCCAUGGAGAUUGGCGGAGACCUGUAUGCCGUUGACCUUGGCGAUCCGUACCGAUCCAUGGCCCCCAGGAACCGGAGCCAGAACCGAGCCCCCGGCUCGCAGGACGAGGAAGAGGAAUUCAGUGGGAUGGGAGGAUUCACCGUGCCUCCCCAGACCAACAGCAACAGUCUGGCACUGCCCAACUCCAUCAAGGUCACACACAGGUGUGCCAUCUUGGCUAAUGACACAGUGAAGUGUGAUCUUGGUGUGUACAAGUCACUGCAAGCCUGGAAAGACCACAAGCUCCACAUUGACCAUGAGAUUGAAACUCUGCAGACUAAGAUUAAGAACCUUCGCGAGGUCAGAGGUCACCUGAAAAAGUCUCGGCCCGAAGAGUGCGACUGCAACAAAUACAUCUACCAGUCCAAGUUCAAGAAAUUCAGGAAGUACAAGGGAGAUGGUGUUCAUCCUUUCAGGUGCUUCCUGGAGUACUUCGACCUCAACACCGACCCUUACCAGCUGAUUAAUGCGGUGAACACUCUGGACCGUCAUGUUCUUAAUGAGCUGCAUAUUCAGCUGAUGGAGCUCCGCGGCUGCAAAGGACACAAGCAGUGCAACCCUCGCACGCGCAGCCUGGACCUGGGCGGUAAAGAGCGCAGCAGCUAUGAUGAAUACAGGCAGUUUCACCGUCGCAAGUGGCCUAAAGUGAAGAAGCCCGUCUCCAAAUCACUAGGACAAAUUUGGGAGGGCUGGGAGGGUUAAUGCCCCUGAGAACUCCAGCCCAGCCAAGCAGGACCGCUAUUCCGGGACAUCAAACUGGUCAGAACUUGAACCCUUGUACAAACUUGACGAGCAUGCCUACGAUCUCAAACUGGACUUUAACAUCAGCCUGGAGGA